UUUAGUUUUGGAAAAGAUCACAGUAUGUUCAACAAACUUUUAUUCCCUUUGGGAGUUGUGUUGGCUAUCUCAGCUUUGGGUAAGAAAAUUUACAAAUAUUCAGUGAUUGAAUCACGAUGCUUGAUAAUGUUCCUUGCCAGCAGUGGGAAGCUAUAUCUUUCAAGUUACAUAGGAUAAUGUAAUUGCUUGAUAAUGUAGCUAUUUUAAACACGUCGCAAUCCGAUUUGCAGAGAUUGUGACAGACAUUAAAAUCUCAUAUCCGAUUAUAAAUAUUUUGAAUUAAAAAUUGGCUGAUUGAAUUCAAAAGGUACUCUAUCCAGUUUUAGUUUCCAGGUCAGUGACCCUACCGGAUCUCUAGUAAAACUGACGGAGACAAGAUAUGACACCAGUUGAAUUGCUGGGAUAGCUGGACUGUAAAGGUUUGGCUUGGGAGGAAAUUAAUUUCCUGCGCAAAAAUUCUUGCAAUUAUGGAAAUCUGCACAACAUUUUUCAAAUUGUAAAUAACCGCAAAUAAUUUCUGAAAAAUCUACACAAAAUGCUUUUGUGAACCAAGCAGAUUUCUGAUCUUCGUCUUUGACAAAAGUAUUUUCUGACUGCAUUGUACUUAGGGAGGCCUAGGGGUGGUAGAGAAGUGCGCUUGGAAAAUUAGAACUUGUGUGUUAUAGUUUCGGGCGAUAAAAUUUAAAUUUGCAACAAGAAAUCCUGAAAUAUUUCAGAUUUCAGUGGACAUCAAGGUGCAGGAUUGCGCGGUCUGCCAUACAUUUUCUGUGAAAAUAUCUGACAUUUCUGCGCAACUUUCCCAAGGAAAAAACAUUCAAAAUAAAACUUUUCAGUCUGGCUCAUACUGGGGGUAUUACAAGACAAUUUGCAACUAAUGAUCUACUGCAUGUCUUUUUUGUUUUGUUUUAGGAAGUGCUCUGAAAUGCAAUGUUUGUACCUACUGGACAACACAGCCAAAAGAACAACAAAAAUGUACUACCACAGUCAACUGUCCAACUGGUACUUCAUAUUGUUACACAGGAUCUGGUGCCUACCAAAAUGGCACAGAAAUUGUUGAUAGAGACUGUGACACUGCGGCUGAUUGCCCCGAUGCUGAAGGAUGGUGUAACCGUGUAACAACAAAAUUGAAUCUGAAAUCGUGUGCUAUUGCAUGUUGUAAUACCGAUAAUUGCAACAAUUAUACCCCAAGCAGUGCAACUGAUGUCAUGGUGACCAAGUUUACUCUUUCCUUGAUGGUGAUUGUUGGCUUUAUUUUUGCUUGACUUGAUGUACUUUGCGUUCUGAUUGUGUAGUUUUACUUAAAUUUACUUAAUUCAAUUGUUGUAAUUUGCCUGAACGUGGUAAAAUUGUGUCUUUAAAAAAAGGUGUUUAAAAUAUGUAGCGUUAUUAGUUUGGGUUAAUUUAGGUGACUAUGUAAUAAAUUGAUAAAAGAUAAAAUCAAUUCGUUCCUUAACGGGCAUGUGUAAUCAAAUGCACUAAAUAAACUAGUUUUGAACUAAAGAGGAGCAGUUUAAUUUGUGUGUAUGUACCUAUGGUCAAGUACAAGGGUCCUCUCAUAUUGGCCUAGGGCCGGUUGUUCAAAAGCCGGUUAACGCUAACCUUGGGUUAAAUUUGCUUAACCUAGGGUUAAAUUUUAACCCUAGGUUACUUUGCGUUGUUCAAAGCUAGGUUAUCCUUAAUUCUCGGUUAAAACAAGGGUUAAAUUUAACCCUCCUCGCUAGGUGGGUUAACUUGCUAAUCGGCCGGUUAACUCGUAUUCAAAAUGGACGUCGGAGGAGUGAAAAAAGAAAACAUGUAAAACUCUUGGUGAAACAAACAGUGUACAAAGAUUUUAUGGAGGAAAAUCAACCUCAAAA